AUGUCGAAGGGAAAGGUCUGUUUGGCCUACUCAGGCGGUCUGGACACCAGCUGCAUCCUCAAGUACCUCUUGGACCAGGACUAUGAGGUGAUCGCCUUCAUGGCCGACGUUGGCCAGGAGGAGGACUUCAAGGCUGCAAAGGAGAAGGCAUUGAAGAUUGGCGCUACCAAGUGCUACAUCGAGGACCUUCGUCGCGAGUUCGUCGAGGAGCUCUGCUACCCAGCCAUCGCUUGCAACGCCAUCUACGAGAACGUCUACCUCCUCGGCACCUCCCUCGCCCGCCCAGUCAUCGCCCGCGCUCAGGUCGCUGUCGCACAAAAGGAGGGAUGCUUCGCUGUGUCCCACGGCUGCACCGGCAAGGGCAACGACCAAGUCCGUUUCGAGCUUGGCUUCUACGCUCUCCAGCCAUCCAUCAAGGUCAUCGCACCAUGGAGAGACCCAGAGUUUUACAACCGCUUCAAGGGCCGACAAGAUCUGCUUGACUAUGCUUCCGAGAAGGGCAUUCCAGUCACCAGCACCAAGAGCAAGCCAUGGAGCAUGGACGAGAACUUGGCACACUGCAGCUACGAGGCAGGCAUCCUUGAAGACCCAAAUGUCACCCCACCAGAGGACAUGUGGAAGCUCACUGCCGACCCGACCCAGGCACCAGAUCAGCCAGAGGACUUCGAGCUCACCUUCAAGAAGGGUCUGCCAGUCGAGCUCAAGCUUGCCGACGGUAAGACCGUCACUGACCCAGUCGAGCUCUUCUUGACUGCCAACGCUGUCGCCCGCAAGCACGGUGUCGGUCGCAUCGACAUUGUCGAGAACCGCUUCAUCGGUCUCAAGUCCCGUGGCUGCUACGAGACUCCCGGCCUCACCAUGCUCCGCGCUGCCCACAUCGAUCUCGAGGGUCUCGUCAUGGACCGUGAGGUCCGCGCUCUUCGUGACCAAUUCAUUACCUUCAACUACGCCAAGGUACUCUACAACGGCCUCUACUUCUCGCCAGAGCGCGAGUUUCUCGAGCAGAGCAUCACUUCUUCGCAGAAGAACGUCAACGGCAGUGUACGAUGCCGUGCCUACAAGGGCAUGUUCAGCGUCGUUGGCCGCUGGUCCGACACGGAGAAGCUCUACGAUGCCAGCGAGAGCAGCAUGGACGAGAUUGGCGAUUUUGAGCCAAGCGACACCACCGGCUUCAUCAGCGUCAACGCUAUUCGCCUGAAAAAGUACGGCAAGGCCAAAGAGGAGGCUGGCGAGAGCCUGGUUCAGCAUGACAUUGCUGUCUAA